AUGCUGAAAAACGACUACCCUAGAUAUGUACACGGCCUUUACAUCGACUUCAAGGGCCUCAUUCACCCCUUCUGCCCGAGCGAAGAGGACCCGAACGUGGCGGCGCGCUCCGUGCAAGAAAAGAUUGACAACAUCUGCGACGAUUUAGACGCCCUUGUCUCCGAUGUGAGGCCGAAACGAAUAUUAUACAUCGCGGUGGAUGGGGUGGCACCGCGGGCGAAGAUGAUGCAGCAGCGAUCGCGACGAUACGUCCACUCCGCGAUCCCCGCUAGGAAAGCUGAGGCGAAGCUCCGAUCCAUCAAAGCAGCGUUCAGACCCGAGGAACACGCAAGAGUCUUGAAGGAUUUAAAAGCAGCCGGAGUAGGGCUGACUCGGGAGGCUUUAUCCCACGGUUCAGAGGAUUCGUCCGAUGCAUCCGAUAUACUUCUUCGUAGCCUCAACGCUUCCUCUCCCAGCUCGUCAGAAAGGGUUGAGGACAUGCGGAAGUUCGACAAGAAUUGUAUUUCCCCCGGAACGGAAUUCAUGGAAGCGCUUUGCGUGGGGGUUCGCGCCCACGUGGAGCGGAAGCUCGCGUCGGGAGAGCGCACCUGGGCGGGGCUCACCGUUAUUUUCUCUGACGCCAACACCCCGUGCGAGGGGGAGCAUAAGAUCAUUAACUUCCUCCGUGGGCGCACCGCUCACCGGGAGUUCUGCGACGAUGAAGGGGGCGCUCACGUCCUGGUCGGGACCGACGCCGAUCUGAUCUUCCUCGGACUCUCCCUCCACCUCCCGAGGAUCGUGAUUUUGCGCCAUUGGAACGCUUUUAAAAACGACCUCACGAUGGAUGCGGGGAUCGCGCCGACGGAGGACCCUGGGAGGGCUUGUCGUGAGUUUUUCUACCUCGACGCCGUCGCCAACGCUCUUCUUACAGAGAUUUACGAACUUUGCCGCGUUAAAGGCCAUGAAAUGAGUAGGGAGGUUAAAGUGGACACCUCUUCUGGGGCCCCUCUCGCCUUGCGGCAUCGUCAUUUGAUCGACGACUUCAUCAUACUCGCGAUGAUCCUGGGGAAUGAUUUCAUCCCUCGGCUGCCGGGGGCAUUUUGCCUGGAUGGCGCGUUGGAUAACGCGUUGGAAGUCUACGUGAUGGAUGUGCUCCCUCAUGGUUAUUUGACCCUUGAGGAUCGCGAGAUUAAUCUUGAGCAGCUCGCGCGUUUUUUCCGAGGCUACGCGAAAGUCGAGGUCGCGAAGUUCCGUUAUUUUUACAUUAACGCAACAUCGGAGAGGCGGCGAGUGACGGCGGGUCGGUUUGGUAACCCCACAGAUAUGUUGUGGUGGGAGCCUUAUUACAAAAGCACUAGCAUCUCCCCCGAGCGAGUAGAGGAAGCUUGUCGAAGCUAUAUCGAUAUGAUGCGCUUUGUGUGGCGUUAUUACAGCCGUGGGAUCACACACGUGAGCUGGUCGUGUGUGUAUGACUUUUAUCACGCUCCUUUUGCGCUGGAUUUGUGCAAAUUUUUAAUCAAACACGGCAAGACUAUGCAGGACCCGCGGCCGAUCGAUCCGGCGGAUCGCAUCCCCAUCGAUCCCCUCACGCAGCUUCUUUGUAUUCUCCCUCCUCCGAGUUGCGAUCUGCUUGCAACAGGGUUGCGAUCGGUUAUGAGGGAGCCCCCUUCGCAUCUUCGUGAGACCUUCCCGCGGAGUUUCAACGUUGACUUCACUGGUGUGGGGAAGGAUAAAUAUGACGCCGUGGCGAUGCUCCCCCCAGCGAAUGUGGCGGGGCUGCAAAAGGUGGUGGAGGACGCGGCUGAGAGCCUCACCGAAGAGGAGCGGAGGCGACGGGAAAAUCACGAUUUUCACCUCGUUUUCGCGCGCGCGGAUCAGGAGCCCUUUUGUUUCAAUAAGGGCGAUUCUCUUACCCCACGGGCCCCUCGUGAGCACUCGCUGCGCUGCUACGAGUUUCGGGAAGGGCCCUGCCCGCCCAGUCUACCUCUGCGUCGUGCGUUUAUCCCCCCUCCUCGCCAUCGUUCCAGGAUGGGUUCGACUUCGGUGGGGACAAAUGAAAAGAAAAUCAACCCCUAUCGGAUGGUGCGGGGGAUCUCCGCGGAUUGGCUGUGCUCGACUUGCCUGCUGUUGAAUUAUCCGAGCUACGAGGCCUGCUUCAAAUGCCACUCGGCCUACGAUCCCUCCCGCUGUGCCACCCUGUAUUGUGGUAAAAAGAAAUACUUCAAUUCGCUGAUGAACCCGAAUCAUGCGGAGUAUAUCCGGAAAUAUAUUAUCUUGAAUGCAAACUCCUGA